AUGAGGUUCAACUCCCAUUCGAAUUCAGACACCCCCCCUUCUGAACCUGACGAAACCCUAACAACCCCAGAUAAAAACAGUCCCGUUUCGUUAAAACCAGAUUUCACCUCUCCGCUUUCCGACCAGAUACUGAUUAGCAUCCUCUCCAAUCUCACAAAAUCACAACAAAUUUCAAGUUGUUUAGUUUGUAAACGGUGGUUGCGAAUUAGCGGUGGUUUAGUGAAAUCCUUGAGAUUAUUAGAUUGGGAUUUUCUUGAUUCCGGUAGACUCGCCCAUCGUUUUCCCAAUCUUCUUGAUGUUGAUAUCGUUCAAGCUUGCAUAGUAUCCCCUCGUAAUUCGGGUAUUUGUUUCAGUAAUAAAUUUGUGUCUAUUCAUGUUAAUUCCUUCAUAUCAGAUUCCGGGUUUAUUUGGAAACCUGAUUUUUUGAGUCCUAAUUUGAUCGAUAGAGGUGUUGAGAUUCUUGCUCAAGGCUGCCCUAAUUUACGAAGGCUUGUCUUACUUGGUGCAACCAAAGAAGGGUUAGCAUCUAUUGCAAAUGAAUGUUUAGCUUUACAGGAACUAGAGCUAUGUUCCAUUACAGACAUGGAUUUAAAAGGACUUGCAGGUUUUAGAAACUUACAGAUCCUAAAACUCAUUGGUUCUGUUGAUGGGUUAUAUGAUUCAGUGAUUUCAGAUAUCGGGUUAACCAUUUUGGCUCAAGUAUGUCCAAGAUUACUGAAACUUGAACUUGUUGGUUGUGAAGGGAGUUAUGAUGGGAUCAAAGCUAUUGGUCAAUGUUGUCAAAUGAUGGAAGAAUUGACCCUUUCUGAUCAUCGAUUGGAAGGGCCUGAUGUUCAUUUAGGUUCUUGCCCUACCCUUGAAGAAUUACAUUUACAGAGGUGUCAAUUGAGAGAUAAACAAGGUUUAGGAUCUUUGUUUUUGGUGUGUGAAGCUGUUAGGGAACUUGUUUUUGAAGAUUGUUGGGGAUUGGAUAACAACACAUUCUUUACUGCAAGUAUUUGCAGGAGAGUGAUGUCUCUAUCUUUGGAAGGAUGCUCGUUACUUACAAUGGACGGAUUUGACCCUGUAGUUGUUUCAUGGAAAGAGCUUAAGAGACUUAAAGUAGUUUCUUGUAACAACAUAAAAGACAGUGCCAUGUCACCCGAAUUAGCGACACUUUUUUCUCUUCUUAAAGAGUUGAAAUGGCGCCCGGAUUCAAAGUCUAUUCUCUCAUCAGGUCUUCAUGGCACUGGAAUAUGGCAGAAAGGUGGAAGAAGCUUCAAGAUUUAACUCUCAAUUCUCUUUUUUUAAACUUUUUUUUUUAAUAGUUAGGAGGAUUGUCACUCUACAAGUUUAGAAAAAGCGGCUCUGUUUUUAUCUUCAACAGGAGAGUAUACUUGCUCUAGUUUUUUCUCAUAAAAAAAAUUAGUCUUAGGAUUUAGUGAAC